AUGAGCCAGGUCAUAGAGGCUCUGUAUAUUUACGAUGAGCACAAGCCCAUACUCUCCCACAUAUACACGGCUCGACCUAUCUCUGCCCAGCAGUUACUACCCCUCUACCUUGGUCAUCCAGCACCCCGACCAAAUCUAAUAUACCUCCCAAAUACCUCGCCACCUACCCUGGUGUUCAGUCUCAUCCAUUCCAACCUAUUGUUCCUCCUAACGUCCUCCCACGAGAUUGAGCCCUUACUUGCCCUCGAAUUCCUACACCGAGUCAUAGAUGUGUUCGAGGAGUUUAUCGGCGCCCCGUUACUAGCACAGAAGGUGGAGAGUAAUUAUGAUGUCGCCGCUCAACUUUUGAAUGAGAUGUGCGAUGCGGGGGCUGUUAGUACAACAGAACCCAAUGCGUUGAGAGACCUGGUGGAAGUUGAAGGGUGGAUUGGGAAGUUGUUGGGUGGCAUCAAUAUCCCUGGGAAAGCGGGAUUCGCGUCGGCGUCCUCGAGUUCGAAUAUGUCAGCUAUAUCCUCGACUGGGACACUGGCAACAAAUACCCCAGCACUGCCAUGGCGGAGGGCAAAUGUACGGCAUACAUCUAAUGAGCUAUAUGUUGAUAUUGUCGAAACACUAUCCGUGACGCUUGCUCCUUCCGGUCGCCCUUUGGCAGCUUUUGCAAAUGGCACUAUCGCGUUCACGUCAAAGAUAUCUGGCGUUCCUGACCUCUUACUUAAUCUUUCAACCCCUUCAGGGAAACACAACCUUGACAGUGUAAUGGAGCUGCCUGUCUUCCAUCCAUGCGUAAGGUUAGCCAGAUGGAGAGAAAACCCGGGAGAGUUGAGCUUCGUACCACCCGAUGGCCGUUUUGUGUUAGCCGGCUAUGAAGUUAAUUUACUCCCUUCUCAGAGCGAUAAAGUUGGUAACACAAAUUCGUCAAGUCUGAAGCUGCCAGCUCAUGUCGAGGUCAAGACGAGUCUCGGCCCCACGGGAUCUGAAUUCGAAGUAAGGCUAUUCAUUACUAAGAUCCCGGGUCAGGGCAACUCUUCAAUUUCUGGGUCAUCCUCAAGGGGGGCUGGCCAACUUGGUGGGCGUGCUGGAUCUGGGUUUGGAGGCGGGCUGGGCAUGCAUUCGGGAACUUCCUCAAUGCCAGUGCUGGAUGAUCUGGUAGUCACAAUUCCUUUGCCAGCUGAUGUGAGGAAUUUGUCAGAAAUUAGAGCAAGCAGAGGUGAUACCACAUAUAAUCCAGGAGGCAAGAAUCUUGAGUGGCAUAUUCCGGCAAAGGAGGCUGUCCCGGGAGGAGCGAGCCUACGCUGUACCGUGGCCGGUCCCCUUACAGAUGACGGAGAUUUUGAGGGUAAUGGCUUCAGGCUCGAUGGGAGAUAUGACUAUGAUGAGGAUGCAUAUCAGAGUACGCCAGUACAUGCGCAAAAGGCCGCCGAGAAGGCAGAUGAGGGGACUGAUGCAUACAAGGUUGCACAGAAUAAAAUUCUCAUGCCUAGUUCUGCGUCGAUCAGCUUCUCUACGAAAGGAUGGCUGGCUAGCGGAAUCAAAGUGGAGAGCGUAGUUAUUGAUAAUAGGAAGAGUCGAGGCUUGGGGGAGGGCGUCAAGCCGUAUAAGGGAGUCAAGUAUCUGACGAUCAGCAGGAGUGGUAUUGAGGUUAGGUGUUAA